UUUACGGUUUUUCCGGGUAACUGUUGUGACGUGUAUUCCCUUUUCGGACCCCAUGCUUUUUGGCUUUGGCUCGCUAUCUAAUGUUUGAAAGUUAACUUAAUCUGUAAAAUAAAAUACAUAAAAUGGGGGGAAAGAAUAAACAGCGAACGAAAGGAAACGUUCGGCCGUCCAGCAGCGGGCGGGCUGCCGAGUUGCUGGCCCGGGAGAGUGGUGUCGUUCCCGGGUUCGUGGGGUUCGCCACCACAACGACCACAGAGCCGGGCUAUGUGCCUGCUGUCCAUGGGGCAGAGGAGAUCGACAACCUGGUUGAUGCUGACUUCCGCCUGGUGUUGAGGAAACUAUCAAAGAGAGACACGGUCACCAAACUGAAGGCAGCACAGGAGUUUGGGGCUAUGUGUCAGGAGCGGGACUCAGAGGUCGUUAAAGGAGUUCUACCUUACUGGCCCAGGAUCUACUGCAAGAUUUCAAUGGACCACGACCGACGUGUGAGAGAGGCCACCCAGCAGGCGUUUGAACAACUGGUCCUGAAGGUGCGGCGUAGUCUAGCCCCCUACCUGAAGAGUGUGAUGGGCCACUGGCUGCUGUCUCAGUGUGACAGCUAUCCUCCUGCUGCCUCUGCUGCCUGCCAGGCCUUCAACGCUGCCUUCCCCCCCAGCAAACAGGCUGAGGCUCUUAGCUUCUGCAAGGACGAGGUUCUCACUGUACUUCAAGACAACUUGCUGAAGGAGACGGCAGACACCCUAAGUGACCCACAGAGUGUACCAGAGGAGGAGAGGGAGGCGAAGUUUAUCCGCCUGCUUACCAGCUCUCUACUGGGGGUGAAGAGACUGCUGUCCUCCUUACCCCAGACAGACACACACAACCUGCAGGACAGACUGACACACCUCCUCAACCAGGCCAAGUUCUGGAAGUACAGCAGACACAAGACCCCACAGGUGCGUGGUGCUUUCUUCGAGGUGGUGUCUUCCCUGUGUGAACACACUCCAGGUCUCAUGCAGACUGAGGCUGCCAGAGUAUGUCCCGCUGUUCUACUGUCUAUAGACGACACGGACCCUGUGGUGCUGCCUCCUCUCUGGGAAGCUGUACUCCACACGCUCUCCACCUUAACAGACUGUUGGAGUCAUGUCAACGCCAGGAAGGCUGUUCUGCCUAAACUGUGGUCCCUGUUAAAGGAUGGGGGUAAAGGUUUGGCUACAGCCCUCCACCCUAACCUGCUACCCCUCAUCAGUAAACUACCCACUGAGGUCACGACACCUGACCUAGACUUCUACACAACCUUCUACAGCUGUCUCAUACAAGGCUUGUCCAGUGAGCGUGCUGUGUCCAGUCCUUCAGAGAGUGCAGCUAUCGUGGUGUCAGCAGUAGAGUGUUUGAGAUACACUCUGUUACAGAACACUGGGGAGGAGGAGGAACACACACGGAUACGCACCGUGCUCCUAGAACAACAGCUCCUCCCCCUCAUCGACAGUGCCUUGGGAAGCCCCUCCCUCCAAGCCGGUCCCCUUUUCCCAUUGGUUACGGACAUGCUCGUCUCCUGGGAGAAGAGGGCUGGACUUCAGGAUGUGGGUGUGCUUAGCGAGGGAGAGAACGAAGUUGUCUUUGAUAGGCUGCUGGCGGACUUCUGGGAGGGGCUUAGGGUGAUGUUAGCCCGUCGUGUACAGAGUGACAGUCUGGAGCGGAAAGACCUAGAAGGAAUGUCCUCGCUGCUACAGGUGAUGCAGAGCCCAGUGAGUGCCGGCAGGAAGCAGACCAAGAAGAAGAGAUCGGUGAAGAUCUGUUUCUCUGAGCCAGAGAGUUCUGGUUCUCCAGAGGAAGAGGGCGAGGUGGCGCUGAAGUGUGCCCAGCUGGAGACCCCCGAGCUGGGCCAGGAGACGGCCGAGGGCCCCCUGAAAAGCUGGCACCUGGAGGAGAUUGUCUGUCAGCAGGCACAGAUCAGUUACUCCCAUGUGAAUGAUAAAAACUCGGAGAGACAUCUGGUGUACCUCUCUCUUCUCCUUCGCUCCUUCCAUACCCCCAGGGUCUUCACUAUGCUGCUCAUCACAUCAGAAGAGGAGAAGUUAAAAGGGAAGGAUGAACAGAAGGCAGAUGGAGGAGGGGGAGGUGGCGUGCCCCACCCCAGUAACCCUGCUGUGCGGUUUCUACUGGAGCGUGUGGUGUUGUGGCUGGGGCAGGAGGACAGGAGAGACACCAGCUACCUGGUAGAGAUGGUGUACAGUUCUCUACGCUGUUGCAGUCCACAGGAGACCACACGCAUCCUCAACCAUAUCACCACGAUGGAUCUAAAAUGGGGAGUUCUUCUCCAGAUCAUACAAAAGGCGUGUGCGGACCCUGUAUCUCUGCAGGCGUGUGGUGAUUGGUUUAAGGGCUCCGUGCUGGGUGAGCGGCUGCUGGGGUUGGCUGAGGAGCUGUGUGAGGUGGGACUUAAAGGCUCCGGCUCCGCCCCUAAUAGGGACAGCUGGGCUCUGAUCAGCCUAGCGUUGUCUCAGCAUCAUAAUAAUGAGCCCCUGAUAGGAGCUGUGUACGUGGAGAAGAUGAUAGCCAAGCUCCAUGCUACCCUGUCGGCGGCUAAAGGUCUGUCUGAGAGGGGUAACCUGGAGCCGCUGGUGUGUUUCAUCUGUGAUGUGGCCUCCACGUUCUUCACCUCCGUAACACACUGCCUCCUACUGGCCUCCGCUGAGGAGCUACUGCUCACUGUCUUCACACUCACCGCACAGGACCAGACACACACACACCUGUCAGACUCCCUGCUGAAGAAGCUGAGUCAGGUGUGUCAUGCCGGUGUCCUCUCUUUGGUCCAUCACUCGGGGUCAGAGGUGAAGGAGGGCAGCUUCCUAUACAGCGCUGCAUUCUGGGUCAAAACCCAGCUGCUCACCUCCUCCCUGGGAGUCAAAAGUCUGCAGGUGUUGGUUCUAGCAGUCCAGAGACUAGCUGACACACUGAGAUCUGUUGGUCAGCGAGGCUCCGCCCACCUCUCCCAGUUCCUCUCCUUCCUGACUCCCAGCCAAUCAGAGUGGAGCAAGAUCAGACAGGCCCUGCCCCCUCAGUGGGUGAGGUCUCCCCUGCUGUCUGGACGGCUGAGGAUGGUCUCUGACUACCCCUGUGUGGAGGUCUGGAAGGUCAGAGGCUCUAGCAGACUGCCUGCCCACCUGUGUGUGUGUGCCCUGCUGACCAGAGUGGUCUAUGACACAGAUAUGACUGCUACUACUGGUACUGCUGUUGCUACGGCUGCAGUGUGUCCAGAUGACCAGGAGGGGGCAGGAGACUACAUGAAAGACUUCAAACACACAGUUUGUGAGCUGCUGUAUGCAGUGCAGUGGUGCAGGGAGAUGGACUAUAGUCCUGCUCUAGUAACAGAGUACUACACUUUGUUGAAGGACUGGGACCUAACAGACCGUAUAGACAACCAAGGACCAGCCACUGAUAUACUGGACACACUCUACAGCAGAUCACUAGAGGAGGGGGGACUGUGGUCGCUGACUCUACAGAACUACAUAUACACCAACCACGUGGCUGAAACAGCUGGCACCAUCAACACACUCUGUGGCAGCCCAGACAGUCUAUUCCCCCUGUCAGAGAGCAGGCUCAGUACUCUACAGGUGCUGUGUCCCUAUCUGACCACAGAGGAGAGAGAACGUCUAAUUUCCCUGGCUGCCGCUGGCAUACUCAACUGGCAAGAGGACCCCAGUGUGUGUGGGUGUGUGUCGGUGCUGUUGUGCUGUCUCAAGGCCUCUACACCGGUCCAGGAGGAGCUGCUAACAGCUGUACUGGCCACCAUGAUGGAAUGGAGAAACAGCAAAGAAGACUGGUUUCUAUUCAGCAGUGACCUGUCCAAGACGACCGCGGCCCAGCUGUCUCUCAGCGUGGAGAUGAUGCGUUUCCUGUCUCGGCUGGUGACUCAUUCUCCCACAAUCCUCGGGGGCAGCCAGUGGGACUUCCUGCUCUGCUCCAUGCUGGCCUGGCUAGAGACUACUAGUGAUAACGUGGGGUGUCUGUGGAACCCCUGGGUGCAGUUGUUGAUGUGUGAGAUCUGUGAGCUGAUCGUGCAGCUGAACCAGUUCUUCACAGCGCCCCCGUCUGGUGUGGAUGACCUACUGCCCUCAGAGCUGACCGCGGAGUGGAACGACUUCUUCAUAGAGGGAAUAUACAGCCUGAUGCUGCCCCUGCCUGGCAAGAUCACUGAGGCCUUCAAGGAGCCAGACGAUCCACUGUUCCCAUUGGCUGUCUUGCGGUCUGUGGGCAUGGCUCUGACCUACGUCCCGCUGCAGCAGCUUACCCAUAAUUCCUUGCCAGCGCGGUUCGUGGCAGACCAGAAGACAAGCCUACCUGAGGCACUGCAGACUCUACUCAACACACUAACUCCUUUGCUGCUGUUCAAAGCCAGACCGCUGCAACUCACUGUCUACCACAUACUAGACAAGGUAAUGCCUACUCUCCCAGAGUGUGAUGGAGAAGGAGAUGACACCAAGCCAGAGGACGAUGGAGAGGAACCGUGCCUGUCUCCCCCGGCAGCUCUGAUGACCCUCCUCUCUACGUGUGAGGAGUUGUGUGAGAGCAUCAUGGUAGGAGUGUGUGUAGGGGAGUUUGCAGUGGUUCAACCGCUCUCUGUGGAAUACUCCUGUAUCCUGGCCUACCUGCUGGCCUGGAAACUACUGCUGUCCUUCUUCAAGGCUUCUCCCUCCCACGUAAGUCUACGACUGAGUGAGUGACUGACUGAGUGAGUG